UCACAGCAGGCCUGCCCCUCAUCCGGGCAGACAGCAGCCAGCCCUUUCCCCAGAUCCUGACAGCUGGUGGGGCCCGCUGCCCCCUGGAGCCUCGAGCUGCCCUCCUCGCUUUACUGAGGUCCAAACACAAUAAACUGCAAAUACUUAAAGUGCGGAAGAAGCAGGCCUGCGUCUGACCCGCCAUGACAGCCACGGAGUUCACAGACGUUAUUCCUAAUAUGCCUGAUGACUACAGCUAUGACCCCACAUCUUCCAUGGAUGACUACAUGAACUUCAACUUCACUGACUUCUUCUGUAAGAAAAACAAUGUCAGGCAGUUCGCGAGCCAUUUCCUCCCACCCUUGUACUGGCUCGUGUUCAUCGUGGGUGCCGUGGGCAACAGUCUGGUCAUCCUCGUCUACUGGUACUGCACAAGAGUGAAGACCAUGACAGACAUGUUCCUUCUGAAUCUGGCAAUCGCCGACCUUCUCUUUCUUGUCACCCUUCCCUUCUGGGCCAUUGCCGCCGCAGACCAGUGGAAAUUCCAGACCUUUAUGUGCAAGGUGGUCAACAGCACGUACAAGAUGAACUUCUACAGCUGCGUGCUGCUGAUCAUGUGCAUCAGCGUGGACAGGUACAUCGCCGUUGCUCAGGCCAUGCGGGCGCAGACUUGGAGGCAGAAAAGGCUUCUGUACAGCAAAAUGGUUUGCUUUGCCGUCUGGGUGGUGGCAGCUGCGCUCUGCAUCCCAGAAAUCCUGUACAGCCAAAUCAAGAGGGAAUCUGGCAUUACUGUCUGCACCAUGGUUUACCCCACGGAUGAGAGUACCAAACUGAAGUCAGCUGUCUUGACCCUGAAGGUCAUCCUGGGGUUCUUCCUUCCCUUUGUGGUCAUGGCCUGCUGCUACACCAUCAUCAUUCACACCCUGAUACAAGCCAAGAAGUCAUCCAAGCACAGGGCCCUGAAAGUGACCAUCACUGUCCUUACCGUCUUUGUCUUGUCGCAGUUCCCCUACAACUGCGUUCUGCUGGUGCAGACCAUAGAUGCCUAUGCCUUGUUCAUUUCCAACUGUGCCAUUUCCACCAACAUUGACAUCUGCUUCCAGGUCACGCAGACCAUCGCCUUCUUCCACAGUUGCCUGAACCCUGUUCUCUACGUUUUCGUGGGUGAGAGAUUCCGCCGGGAUCUCGUGAAAACCCUGAAGAACUUGGGUUGCAUCAGCCAGGCCCAGUGGGUUUCGUUUACGAGGAGAGAGGGGAGCCUGAAGCUGUCGUCCAUGCUGCUGGAGACCACCUCGGGGGCGCUGUCCUUCUGAGAGACCGUCUGAGGUGGGUGGUCCUUUCAAGAAAUGCAGAUACAGUUUGAUGGGACCAGAGAGAAACCAAAGAAGAAAAAGGAAGUGAGAGAGAGGAAAGAAAAAAAAAAACAACUCAGAAAGGAAUACAUCUGAACAAUAUUAUUACUCUUAGUUGGAAUUUGCCAAAGCAGAGUUUUCAGAGUUGACUGGCUACAGCAGGAGGCUAUCGACUGGCUCGUGGCUGCGAGAGGACCGAUAGGAGGACCAGGGAGCAGCCCACCCUGGCUUCUCCUCUGGCCCGAGCAUUAAUGCAGCUGACCUCUGGAGGAGGCGUUGGAUUUUUCUCAGUGCACUGUGAACUUCUGUGGCUUUGGUUUUGAUGCCACUUCUUCUUCCAAAAGGGGGCACAGAGGCAUUGGUCACUGCCACAAUCCACAAAAGCAGAAGGUUUCAUGAAAACUUCCAUCUUUGGGAAAUUUUCACCCUGGUUUUGGGCCUGACACCCAUGCUGGGUCUUAUUGAGUCCUGAUCUAGAAUCUUUACAAUCUCAGGUCAAAGUGCCCUCUGGUCUCCUUGGUCUGUUCGGGGCCAGCGAGGGUCCUUGUUCCUGUUUUGAAAUAUCUGCAGGUCUGGUCAGUGAGUCCCUGGACAACUGACCACACCAACAAGUCAUCCAGAGUCUGCUGGCUUCCAACCCACUCCUAUGCCCUGCUGGAGGCAAGGAUUCAGCUUGUCCACUGCAGCCAUGAAAGUGGCCCUCAUAGCCGGAGCAAGGACAUUGAUAACCUGCAUUCGGGGGAGCCAGCCCCAGCUCUGUCAUGGGCUUGCUCUGUUGAGCGGCGCUUGUGGCUGGUCACCCCGGCUGCUCCCUAUAAAGCGGUUGGUUCUGUCUGUCCUCUGCUUUCUGAGGCUGCUGGAAGGCUAUUUACUGCUGUGCUUCUUUUCUUAGGCUACAGCACCAACAUUUUAAAAGCUUCUAAUUUAGAGAUCAGGCUGAAAAAAAUAAGUGAUAGAAUUCCCUUUUGCUUUGUGUCUUUCUUUUAACUAUUUGGCAAAUUUAUCCUAUUUGAAAACACUUUGUAUAUUGGAAAAGUACUUUUUUUUUUUUUUGAGACAGAGUCUUACUCUGUUGCCCCAGGGUAGAGUGCCGUGGCAUCAG